CGAAUAGCGCAAAAUUCAAACCUGCCGUGAAUUAAAUUUAGGUUGGACUAUCGAAAAUUCUUAAUAUUUCAAACUUUUAUUGCCAGUUGAAUAUUAUUGUUCGAUAAAAGUUUUUAUCUCUCCGAUAUAGGGCAAGAUAAAAAAGUCACGUUUACAUGUCACGUGUAAGUUGAAAUUGGUGUUAAUCCUAUCAGAUACAGUUUGAAUGGGCUAACGCUUCUUUUGUUCGUGAAAGAAGAAUUUUCGAUUCUGUGAACGUCAUGAAGUGGAUUUCUUUUAAUAUUAUGAGUCACGUUUUAAAAAUGUGUGUGUGCUCCAAUAGGAAUUAUCAUCAAUCUCAUAGAGUUAGUUUCUCUCAUUCAUAUGUUUAAUUUGUUCGUAAAUUUUCAUUAACCUUCCUGAUGAAAACUAAUAAUAAUUUAAUAAUAUUUAUUAUUUUUACAAUACAAAAGCAUUUUUUGAACAAGAAAUAGCGAACUUCUUAGGCCGUUAUCCUCACAUUUUUAUGCCGCGGCGAUGACAUCAUAAUUUGUUUUCAAAUGUUACAAACUUUCCUUUAGUUACAACAGAGACGUGAAACAUGCGAAAGAACAUUUACCGAGUAUGUUCAACCCAGGAAACAGGAUAAAAAAUGCAAUUAAUUACACUGUCACGUUGGAUUUGAAAGCAUUUCAUGAUGCACGUUGUUAAGCACACGAUGUUUAAAUCGUGGUCUGUGUUAAUGUUGUGUGUGUUGGUGUUAUGAGUUCGAACAAAGCUAGCUGCUUUUCAAAAGGUUCAAUCCUAUGAAAGAAUUAACAAGUAUUAGGUCUUCAAGUACAAUGUGCCUUCAAUAAAUCAGAUCUGAAGUUCCAAAUUAUUUACUUCCUAUGCUGACACAAACUACUCGUAGAUUUUGAAUAACGAAAGAAAAAGCAUAAAAAAGUCUGUUCAUAUAGUUUUAAUUCAAGCGAAUACCAGAUUUAAUUGUAGUGAUGGCUGUCAACUUUCCUUUAAGUCAAUAAAUUACUUAAUUUUAGUAAAAAAAGUUGUAAAUACUCAACUUCACCUUAUGACAAUGAUGGAUUUCAUUCUAGCGAACACAGUUAAUGCUCUACUUGUCUGUUUAUUCCCAAAUAUUCUCCAGUGAAUUCUACGCAAAUAGUGAAAAUUGUGUGAAGAUUUGUUCAAAUAUUCUGAAAUAAGUUUAUUGCGAAUGCACAAUGUUGUGUUUCAGAUCUUAGACCAGAGUUCAUUAUAUUUCAUUGCUCCUUUUUAAUAUUUGUAAUACAAUUUAAAACUUUACAGGCCAAUUUUUUUUCCACCACUGGAAUAUAAAUAGAAUUUUUAAAACAAUUUUCUGUGACAAACUAUUUGUUUUACGCAAUGAUAACACGUUACUGAUAUUAGAUAUUCUUAAUCAGAUUUGAAGAUUUGUUUGUUUAUGGUUUCGCGAAAAGUUGAAGGAGCCCCCGAAUACAGAGCAGUUAUCGAUAAAUUCUCCCUCGACCUAAUUGGUGGUAGAUAAUCUCUCACUAUCUGAGCGGUUAUAAGCUCACUGUAUUCGAAAAGCAGUAAGCAAAUUGUUCGAAGUGACUGACGCAUCAUGGCUCUGAUUUCAUCUUGGAUCAAUGGUUUAACCCCAGAAAUGAGCCGGGUGGCAGAAAAAGAACUAAAAGAGACUCCAGAGAAAAGAAAAGAAGCAUUAAAAGAAAUCAAAAGAAUUAUAAAAGGAGUGACUGGUUUCUUUCCUUUGAAAGACGAUGAAUUUUUGCUGCGAUUUCUUCGAGCUAAAAAAUUUGACGUCAACGAAGCCUUCGACACACUGAAGACAUAUUAUAAAUUCAAGUUCGAAUAUUCCGGUAUUCUCACAGAUUUUCUGCCAAGUGAUUUUAGGAAUGUUUUCGAAAUGGAUAAGAUUUUUAUAUCGCCAAAGAGAACGCCAAAUGGAGAAGGAAUUUUUAUUGUAUUUGCAGGUUCGAUUGAUUUUCGUCGAUGCACCUUUGAAGACUUUCUCCGGGCUGUUCUUAUAGCAGCCGAAAUUGGUUUGGAAAUGGAAGGCACACAGGUGUGUGGAUGCCGCAUAGUAAUCGACCUACGAGGGAUGAGUCUGGUGAAAUUAAGAAAUUAUAUUAAGCCAACUUUGGGACUGGCUGCCGCUAAAUAUUUACAACAUAUCUUGCCUUGUCGUGUAAAGGGUAUCCACUUAAUCUAUGAAGAAUUCUACUUCGAUGCCGCAUUCCAAACUCUCAAAUAUCUCAUGAAACCAUUUCUGAGACGGAAAAUGAGAAAAAGGAUAUAUUUUCAAAGCGAUGACCUGCAGAGCCUGCACCAACAAAUCCCUCCCAGAGCGCUUCCAUAUUCACUUGGUGGCUGCUUAGGACAGAAGCAUUUUCAAGAUUUCCGAACCAUUAUGCUACAGAACGAUGCGUUCAUGAAAAGGCUGAAUCGAUACACAUUUAACGGCGAGCAUUCCAAAGAAGCCCUGAGGGACAUCGAACAUGAUCCCAAAGUGACUACAAAGACGCUGAUAGAUGUUUUGACUUCGUAAUUAUGGCAUUCCAGUUGCGUAUACAUGUAUAAAUGUAUAAGGAUACUCGAAUUCUGUGGCAUUCCAGUUGCGUAUACAUGUAUAAAUGUAUAAGGAUACUCGAAUUCUGUGGCAUUCCAGUUGCGUAUACAUGUAUAAAUGUAUAAGGAUACUCGAAUUCUGUGGCAUUCCAGUUGCGUAUACAUGUAUAAAAGUAUAAGGAUACUCAAAUUCUUGUUGGUGAUACUGAUAAAUAGACCAACAAUAUGUCCUUUAUCGGUGUAUAGUGUAGAUGUAUUUUUAUCAGAAGCUAAUAACCAACUGGUUGCAAACAUUCAACUGGCUUCAGCCCCUUGGCAAUGACGACAAAACUGAACGAAAUGUAAUUUAUGUCAGAUAGUUGAUAUCUAUGAAAGAUAUAUAGUUAUAGAUUAUAUACAUUAAGGCGUUUCGUUAAAAUAAGUUGAAUUGUAUCUAUCAUUCAUUUCAUCUGCAUACAUGGUUUAAAUUCAUGCGAAGGUCUUUUUUUCUCCAUACCAUGACAUACUAGAAAGAUAUUUCUUUGGUUGUAAAUUGGAUUCCAAUUUUUUUUCGACCAAAGAAAUUGGUACUAUUUAUUAAUCAUGCCUAAUUUGAAAAUCAUAUUCAUAGCUGCAUUUCAUUGCACAUUAUUUUUUGUUUAUUUUAUUUAUUUGUUUUUUGUUUAUUUAAUUUCAAGAUGUAAAUGCAAUUUUAGAAUUUUUUUUUCUCAUCACGAUAUUUCAGAGAAAUAUUUUUGGUAAUAAAUUAGGUUCAGUAUUUUGUUUUCCGUCAAAAAAAAUUGAUGGAUGGAAAAAGAAUACGUUAUAGAUAAAAUAAUUAAACGACUACUUUAAAUCUGCAAUUGUCACCUGAACUUUAAAAAGUGCCUUAUGUAUGUUUGCUCUUAACUGGUUAACAGAGCUUACGUAACCUGCGAUAGUUGGAUCCACUUUUAAAGCUGGAUAAUCACCGUCACUCGAUGCCAUGCCAGAGGGAUGAUUUGACUUCAAACCAAGUUGUCCAUGCGAAAUACCAGACAGAAUUGGUUUGGCAUAGAAUUAAGGUUGGAUAUUCGACCCAGCCUAAUUCCCCUUGAGAUCAUUUACAUUUUUCACCGCGCCAUUUAUUGGCGCAUGCGCUCACAGAAUGCAGUUUCGGUUUCAUGGAGAAGUAAUGACAUUCACCGAGAGGAUCGAGUUAAAUUGGAAUGAAAUAUUAUUUUAUGAUUAGCCAAUAGAAAUGGAAGAUACGAUAGUAGAUCAUGUAGUGCCAACACUCCAUUGGCUCAGAAUGAAGUGAUUAUGAACGACUGACUAUAUAAGAUCGAAACAUUUGAAAUGUUAAUGGCUGAAUGUGUUAUUAGUAAACAACAGACAGUUUUUGUUCAUAAGAAGUGAGUUUGGAAUUUAAGUUGAAAAUUAUUAAAAUCACUAACAUUCCAUCUCUGAAGCAAGCGUUCAUUUUUUGUUCGAACUGCCAUUGCAAGUUCGGUAGUGGAAUUUCUUAUAUCACUUAUUAAAUUCUUACAUUAACCCUGUAAUUACCGCUUUCUUUUAAAAAAGAAAACACGACAUAAAGGCAAGCUUUGCGGAAUUGCUACUUAAAAAGUAGCAAUUGUUGUUUAUGUGCUACUCAAUAACGGAAUGAUGAAAUUCAAUCUAUAAUGGUAAUCGUCAGAUGUAGCAAAAAAUAGAUAGACUUCCAACAGCAGAAAUCAUGGGGUAAAUAUAUGGUAGGUUAAAGUAAAAUUCUUUACUAAGUAUACUUUUUCAUUGCAAAAACUUUGCCAUCGACACGAUAGGUCAAAGUUUUAACUGUCAGCAUUUAUCUUGACUUUAGCUGAUUAAACUUGCUACAUCAUCUCAUGGUAGAAAGUUCAAUGAAAAUGCUUGCCUUUCAAAAAGAUAGAUAUAAGUGUGACAAGAUAAUAUUAGUAAUAUUUAUUCUAAGAAUGUUCUUAAGUUAAAAGCAUUUUUGGUAUUUUAUUAUUUGUGAUUAUAUGAUUAAAAGGUGAGAAAGGUACUGAAUUUUAAAAACUAUUAUAAUAAGUUUACUUUAAAAUAGUUAUGAAAUAUUACAGUGUUUUACCUUAAAUCAGACGAACUGCAAUUAUUUCAAUAAGCGAUCAAUUCUAAAAUGUUGUUAAUUUUGUUUCCAAUUUACAUUAUUGUUUUUAAUUCUUAGAGUUUACUUAUCAUUUUUAGGGUUAUUACUGUGAUAUUUCUUCAUUGUCUGCUUCUGAUAUUU